UAACAAUUGCCCUGCUGGGAGCUCGCAGCAGGGGCUGGCGGCCGCAGGGCUGCGGGGAGCAGGCGGUGUCGGGGCAGGAGGUCCGGGACAUGCAGGAGUGGAACAGGAGACGCAGGCCUUUCUGCUAAAGACUUAAAAGCACUUUACACGGCAUCAGGGAGUGUUCAGAAGAGCCUAAUUGAAUUUAACUGUGAGGUUACCUCAUUCCUAGGAAAAUCCCAUCCAUCCUCCUGUCUCUGUUUACUACUGGAUGAAAAUGGAGGGGGGGAAAAUGAACGAGGUAAAAGAAUGUCUGAGAAACAUAGAACAGACUUACAAGAUCUUCCAGCAACAGCAGUUUACAUUUAUUGCAGCACUGGAACACACCCGAGAGGAUGCACAUGACAAGAUCAGGCCUGUAGCAAGUAUUGGACAGGUGCAGGCAUACAUGGAUCAUCACUGUAACAACACUACCGACAGACGCAUCCUCCUCAUGUUCUUGAACAUCUGUAGUGAACUGAACAAACUCUGCCAAAAGCUAGAAGCCCUGCAUCCUGGUACCAGUGUAACAAACAAUAUCUUGGAGAAAUGCAAGCUGCUAGUUAGCCCCAGCAACGACCUGAGCACCAUCCGAGCCAAGUACCCUCAUGAUGUGGUGAAUCACCUGAGCUGCGAUGAAGCAAAGAACCACUACGGAGGUGUGGUGAGCCUCAUACCCAUAGUGCUGGACUGCAUGAAAGCAUGGGUGGCCCACAGUGAGAAGUUGCCUCGGAACUUCCUGCAUAAUGUGAGUGAUGGAAAUGCUGACUCUCAGAAGAGAACACAGCAGGAUGUGUCAGCAAAGGCAUCUAUUCCCCUAGGCCCACGUCCUGCUACCCUCACUACUGCUACUCAGACCUUGGUUAGUUACAAAGACUAUUCACGAGAGCAGAACAGUAAACAUGGUAAAAAAGAGCACCUGAAUGGCACAGGGAGAAACACUUGGAAAUAUCUGAAUGGUCCCUGGAAACCACCUGGGAAACACUCCUUUUAGAAGGACCAAAGCUCAUACAUCUUUUGGAUAGAUGUGGCUGAUUAUUAAAUAUGGUCUCCAGUAUUCA